AUGACUAGCGUAAUUGUGUUGUCAUCAGGAAAAUGCUAUGAACGACAAUCAAAUAAGCUUUUUAAUAUUGGAAAUAUAUCUGAAGAUGUUUCUGUAGAAAUUUCAUCACAAGGAAUGUCUUUAAUAGAAACAUACUUUUUUCUGAGUGGUUUCUUAACAUUCUAUUUACGAAGAAACGAUGGAAACAAAUCCAUACUGUACUACUUCGUCUAUCUGUUGAAAAGAUACAUAAGAUUGACUUUUCCAUUGCUGUGCGUGUUGGCUUUCUUCAUAAUUUUGCCACUUUGUGGCGAAGGACCACAUUGGGAUCUCGUAAAUAAAGAAGCAAGAAAGGCUGAACAAUACUGGUGGAGACAUAUUCUUCAUAUUCAAAAUUUAUACAAUAUGCCAUUAGAUUUUUUUAUACAUAUGUGGUACGUUGAUGCGUUGAUGCAGUUAAAUGUAAUUACGGUUCUUUUAUUAUAUAUUCAUGACAGAAAUCUUGAGAAUUUGUUCCUGUAUCUUUAUCAGAAACCUUACUUUAUCCAUCUGAGUUCUUACUGCUUCGGCUUAUUAAUAGGAUACGCUUUAUUCAAAAAGAAACAAUUCAAAUUCGGAAAGUUUUAUUCCUCGUAA